GUGUGGUGAGAAAAGUCAUGCCCUUCAGCUCUUAUCAAUGGGAAGUUACACAGCCAAACAACAGCAACAUCAGCUAAGUCUGUCUUACAGAAGACAACAUGGUCUCAUUUAGGACAGACAUGCUAAUCUGAUGUGGUAAAUAUCUGUAGGAAGAGUUGUGGCCGAAUGAAAAUGGGAGGCGUUCUGACAAGCCAAAGGACCCCAGAGGAUUUCAGACAAAUUCGUGCUAAUGAAGACCUUCCAGCGGGAGUGCUUGAAAACGAUACAGCAAUAGUGCUGGAUAACUACCCUCCCCCUGAUAUCUGCGAGCCUAUAUUUCGAGUGGGUGAUUGGCUGAAAGUAGUGUCUGAGGAAGGUUACUGGUGGAAAGUUUUGUCGCUCAGCACCAAGGAAGUGAAUUUUAUACCGCACUGCCAUGCCACAAAAGUCUACCAUGGCUGGUUGUUUGAAAACUUGUCCAGACCCAAAGCUGAGGAUCUGCUUCGGCUCCCAGGAAACCGAGUGGGUUCGUUCCUGAUCAGAGAGAGCUCUAAAGGUAUUUACUCCUUAUCUGUGCGCCACAGAACAAUUAAGCAUUAUCGGAUAGUUCGAAUGCCAAACAACUGGUACUACAUAUCUGCACGCCUCACCUUUCAGUGUCUGGAAGAUCUGGUCAACCACUACUCUGAUAUAGCAGACGGGCUGUGCUGUGUUUUAACCGGUCCAUGCUUGACUGCCUGUGAAACACCUCUAAGUGAAGUUACGAGAAAAGCUGAGGGGAGAAAGCUAUCCUUUGACUGGAGAGCAGUGAGAAGCUCAGAGCUCAUCCAGCAAAGCACUAGCUCUUCAGAUGUGAGCUAUGGAGUUCAGAACAGCGUCUCUUCCUACCUCUCACUGCUAGGAGAGCAGGAGAAAAAGCCAGAGAAGAAGAAAUUUAGCUUGAAGAAGAAAAGGUGGAAGUCUGUCUACUCACUGCCGAACCACCAGCUUGAAAGUUUGGCUAUAGUGGAAGACAACUAUGAGGAAGUGCACUGAUAGAUCACAGCCGACUCAUUCCAGAAGCUGAUGGAUGGAUAUCUAGAGGCAUUAAUGUGUGUGAACUAAAAACAGACUGACUUUUUGUGAGAAAUAUAUUUGUGAUAUAUAAUA